AUGCAAUUAGUGUCAAAUGAUAGUCACAAGGAAGAUAUUUCAGAAAGUGAACCCAUCUUAUCCCAAUCUAAUAUUUCGCAGCAAUCAGAAGAAGAAUCAUCGUCCUCUCGUGAAAUUGAAUCUUUAGGAAGGGAUUGUGAUGUUCAUGUUGAUGAUUUAGAGAGUAUUCGCAUUGAUGAAACUUGCCAUCUGGUGAAUACGGACCAGCUGCAGUGCCGUAUAUGCCUCGAUAAUGGAGGGGAAGACUUGAUUGCACCAUGUCAUUGCAAAGGCACUCAGAAAUAUGUCCAUAGGUCAUGUCUUGAUAACUGGAGGUCAACUAAGGAGGGCUUUGCUUUUGCUCACUGUACAGAAUGCAGAGCAAUGUUUAUAUUGCGGGCAAAUGUCCCAGCUGACCGAUGGUGGUUGAGAUUGAAAUUUCAGUUCCUUGUUGCCAGGGACCAUGCAUUUAUUUUUGUAGUAGUUCAGCUGAUUGUUGCAUUCUUGGGUGUGCUGGUGUACAAGUUCUACGGGGAGGAACUAAGGGAAAUGUUUGGCUAUGAAGAGCAUCCCUAUGGGUUCUAUACUAUGGCUGUUUUAGCAAUUGUUUUGGUGGGUUUGCUCUAUGGUUUCUUCAUUGCUAUAAUAUGUGGACAAAGGAUCAGUGAGCGCCACUAUCAUGUUCUUGCCAAACAAGAACUUACAAAGGAAUAUGUGGUGGAAGACAGAGAAGCUAGCAAGGAUGCCCCUGAACUUGGAGCCAGUCAUGUCUCAGAGCUAAGAAUGUUGGGUCUAUAUUAG